CCAUGACCUUCAGCAGUAUUUCAGGAUACAAAAUACUUUUAUUCAUUUUGAUCUCUUCAGAACUGAGCAUUAGUCUGUGAGAAGUUAGCAGCAAAGCCUCAGUUUUCGUGCAGAGGACGAAAUGAGACAUUUCCCAUUUUUCUCACUUUUGCUGUUUUUCUGCCUUGGUGCUCAAGCAAAUGCAGAUGGAGGGAAGAAAAAAGAGGCGUUGGACUCCCAGCAUCGGUACACCAGAAUGAAGAAAGACCAACGGAACUUACAAACCAAAUUUCGACUCUAUACAGACCCAGCUGAAGAAGGCUGUCUGAUUGUGUUUAAUCAGAUGGAGACUCUUGACAGAUGCAAUUUCAAUUCCUCUGUUCCUCUAGUGAUGAUAGUCCAUGGAUGGUCGGUAGACGGUAUGUUAGAAAGCUGGGUUUGGAAGAUGGCAGCAACCCUGAAAUCUAAGCAUAAAGAAAUUAAUGUGAUGAUUGCAGAUUGGCUCUCAUUUGCUCAUCAGCACUAUCCCAUAGCAGUACAGAACACACGCAAUAUAGGUCAAGAUAUAGCAGGUUUCCUAGAAUGGCUUGAGGAUUCCAUUCAAUUUUCCAGAAGUGAUGUUCAUCUAAUUGGCUACAGCCUAGGAGCUCAUGUAUCAGGGUUUGCUGGCAGCUAUAUUAGUGGCACAAACAAGAUUGGAAGAAUUACAGGCCUUGACCCUGCUGGUCCUUUGUUUGAAGGGAUGUCACCAACAGAUCGUUUAUCUCCAGAUGAUGCAAACUUUGUAGAUGCAAUCCAUACAUUUACUAAACAGCACAUGGGUCUCAGCGUUGGGAUCGAGCAGCCGGUGGCCCAUUUUGACUUUUACCCCAAUGGAGGCACCUUUCAACCUGGCUGCCACAUCAUGCAUGUGUACAAUCACAUUGCCCAGUAUGGAAUCACUGGGAUCACUCAAACUGUGAAAUGUGCUCAUGAGAGGUCGGUUCAUCUGUUCAUUGAUUCUCUGCUGCACGAUGAUAAACAAAGCAUGGCCUACUGGUGCAACGACAUCCAUAAGUUUGACAAAGGAAUGUGCCUCAGUUGUAGAAAGAACCGGUGCAAUACUCUGGGCUACCAUAUCAGAAAGGAGAGACUCCAGAAAAGCAGAAGACUGUUUUUGAAAACACGAGCAAAUAUGCCUUUCAAAGUUUAUCAUUAUCAAUUCAAGAUCCAUUUCAUAAACGAAAUUCAAGAGAAGCAGGUAGAACCAACUUUCACCGUCUCCUUGAUAGGCACUAAGGAGGAUGUUGAAAACUUGCCCAUCACACUUGUUGAAGGCAUUACUGGAAACAAAACCUACUCUUUUCUCAUCACUCUGGAUAUUGAUAUUGGUGAACUAAUGAUGAUCAAAUUCAAAUGGGAAGGAACUGCGGUUUGGGAAAAUCUCUGGGACAGAGUUCAAACUAUCAUUCCCUGGAGCAAGGGCAUCUAUCGACCAGGUCUUAUAGUGAAAACAAUACGAGUCAAAGCAGGAGAAACCCAGCAAAAAAUGACAUUUUGUUCCCAAAGUAUUGACAAUGUACACCUCCAUCCAUCCCAAGAGAAAACGUUUGUGAGAUGUGAGAAUCGUCCUCGAAGAUUAAAGAGAAAAUUCAGAUGAGGAAGAGAAUCAAAGCUGCCUAUCAAGAAUAAGUUAAAUCUUAUUGACUAAAAAUCACAAUUAAAAGUAUAAACAUAAGUUCAACAAAAAUUGAAGUACCCUCAUAGAUCCAGAUACAAGAAAGAAACAAAUUUAGAUUUUAUGUUUAUGGUAACAGCAAACUAAAAAUAUGCCCUUAAAGCUACUCCUAAAGAGAUGAAUGGACAUUUUCUUAGUUAACAUUAUGUACUGAGAUCUAAAUUGCUUUUAACUUCGAAAGAAAACCUGCUCAGAGGACAUCUAAACAUUGUUACUUCAAGGAAUGCUUGAUAGAAGUGUCUUUUAAAUAUUAGAUUUUAUAUUACAGUGCCUUAAAAUGAAUCUGAUUCCCAAUGAAACCACCUAAAAUAACAAUUUGAUUACUGUAAAAUGAAAAUAGUUUUGGAAGCCACAAAUUAGCUGUUAGGUGCAGUAAUUCACAGGUGACUUGUCCCAAACCUGAGUAUUGAAGCAUAUCAGCUAAAGCCAAGUUAAUGUACUUAUAAUAAACUUGCUGUUUAAACCACUUAAAGCAAAUAUCCUAUUGAAUAAAUACUAUGUUCAUUUACAGAAAACUAUUGAUCUUUUAUCUUGCUAAAGUUCAAGACCUAAGGAGUUAUGAAGGUGAUAGGAACAUCCUUCAUGACUGAGAUACUCUGUAUAAAACUUAGCAUUAUGAGCCACAUAAUUGUGCCUUUGAUAAUGUGCUUCACUAAAGUUUAUUCUAUUGGAAAAUGCUUUGCUGUUCAAUGUAGUGAUUAAAUAUUUUAAUUAAACUAAUUUGCUUUAAAGAAAUGCUUAGCAUGCUAAGCAUGAUUCCAGCUGAUAGUCCUUGUUACACAGCCAAGUUCAGUGAACUUUUGCAUUUAAAUUAUUUUCACCAUGUUAGUGUGAACUCUUAACACUAUUUUAAAAUUAUGGCACAAAUAAACGAACAUGAUUUACAAAUUAAUGCAAGUUGCAGAAUAUUCAACAGCAACCUAACAUUACAUUUGGAAAAUUCAAGAUCAGGCAUGUACAUUCCCCUUCCCCCCCGCCCCCAUCUUAAACUAGCAAAUAAGAGGAAAA